UCUGGGCGGAGCCGGGAGGCGGGGUGUGGAUGGAGCCCAGGCCCCGCCCCCUCCUGCGCGCGGCUCUGCCCCGCCCCGCGCCGUGUCGCCGCUCUCGGUCCGGAGACUUCCGCUGGGGCCGCGCCACCGAUGGUGCUACCUGGGAGAGCAAUGGCCACUUUCCGCCUGGCCCUCAUCCAGCUUCAGGUUUCUUCCAUCAAAUCAGACAACGUCACUCGAGCCUGUGGCCUCAUCCGGGAGGCAGCAACACAAGGAGCCCAAAUCGUUUCUCUGCCAGAAUGCUUUAAUUCUCCAUAUGGCACGAAAUAUUUUCCUGAAUACGCUGAGAAAAUUCCUGGUGAAUCCACACAGAAGCUUUCUGAAGUAGCAAAGGAGUGCGGCGUAUAUCUCAUUGGAGGUUCCAUUCCUGAAGAGGAUGCUGGGAAAUUAUAUAACACCUGUGCCGUGUUUGGGCCUGAUGGCACUUUACUGGUAAAGUACAGAAAGCUCCAUCUGUUUGACAUUGAUGUUCCUGGGAAAAUUACAUUUCAAGAAUCUAAAACGCUGAGUCCUGGUGAUAGUUUCUCCACAUUUGAUACUCCUUACUGCAGAGUGGGCCUGGGCAUUUGCUACGACCUGCGCUUUGCAGAGCUCGCACAGAUCUACGCCCAGAGAGGCUGUCAGCUGUUGGUGUAUCCUGGAGCUUUUAAUAUGACCACUGGACCAGCCCACUGGGAGUUGCUUCAGCGAGGCCGGGCUGUUGAUAAUCAGGUAUAUGUGGCCACAGCAUCUCCUGCCCGGGAUGAUCAAGCCUCAUAUGUUGCCUGGGGACACAGCACUAUUGUGAGUCCUUGGGGGGAGGUCCUUGCCAAAGCCGGCACCGAGGAGACGGUCGUGUGUUCAGACAUAGACCUGAAGAAGUUGGCUGAAAUACGCCAGCAAAUCCCCAUUUUUAGCCAGAAGCGAUCAGACCUCUAUGCAGUGGAGGCGAAAAAGCCCUAAGGUUUAUGUUUCUAACAUGUCACGAAACAGGAGGAUAUGUUUCUGCAACGUAAUCCAUUCCCUGCUGAAUUCUUUAAAGAGAUCUUUUUUUUUUUUUUUUUUUUUUUUUUUAAUUUCAGCUUUUUCCCCUUCCUGGGAACUUUCUAAUGAGAUGAUGGAGCAUCAGCACAUGGUAUUUUUCACACCAUAUUAAAUAGUUAAAAAGGACUCAGGCUGGCAUUGAGAGCAGAAGGAAGAGGGGAUGACUAUAUACCUCCCAUACUAAGUUGCCUCAUAGUAGUUGGUACAAGUAUCAGACCUUGGUAUCUAGGUUGAUUCACCUGCUACAAAUACAUUUGUGUCACACACCUCUCAUCUCAUUGCUGGAGUUGGAACCCAUUAUGUAGAAACUUGGUCUGGUGCUACAGUUUUUUGGAGCAGGAUGUUAAAGUUACAUUUUUAGUCUGUGAGUAGCUAUGGGAAGCAAGGUGAUGGACGCUUGGUGUUUGCUAGAGGAGAUGGCAGCCCCAGUCCUUCCUAGCAGCCUGGAGGUUCUUCAGAUUCAAGGAGGAGCUCAUGAAUCAAGCCCAGACCCUCCUGGUCUUAGGGGAGAGGCUGUGUCAACAGUGAGUCCUAUGGGAGAAUGACUGGUGGCAUUUGGUCAAGGCACCCAAAGAUGAGUCUCUGCAAAAGAUUUUCUUGAUGGGGUGAGUGUCUGAAAAUCUUUUUCUUUUUGUUUUUCUCCCUAGUAACACUUUCUAGCUUGAUAAAGGCAAAUUUUUAGCCUAGUGGUUUUCAGAAUCCUUUUGCACCAUUAAAAAUUAAGAAUUCCAAUGAACUUUAUUUUUAUGUAUGUUAUAUGUUGGGCUGGUAAAACGUUUAACAAGCAGCUGUCCCCAAAACCCUGAUUUUGCAGUAGCAUUUGCCAGUUUCCAUGGUGUAAAUACUUGCACUGUGGCCAAGGCUCAGACUGUCAGUAUGACAUCUCUAAACAGAGUUGGAAAUACGCGCAGUUAGCACUCGUGAGCUGGAGCGGUCCCACACUAGCACACCACUGUUUACGUAUAUAUUUACCAUCCUGGAAAAUAAAACAAAAUUUUAAAACAAAAGAAUGCAUGGGCACACAUUUUAUUAGCUAUAAGAGUGAUGACAUCAUCAUGUCAUUUAACCUUUGGAAACCAGCAUUGUAUACUCAGAGGAAUACAAGAAUGAAAAAGGUAAAUGACAUUUUAAAAUUAAGUAUACAAUUUGGUAAAAUCGGACACAUGUAUACAUCCAUGAAACCACUCUAAUCAAGGUAAUGAACAACCCUCGCCUCCCGCCUCCCUGCAAUUUUCUUGUGUUCUUGUAUAAUCCCCUCUAGCUACCCUUCUCACCCCCAGGCAGUCACUGAUCAGCUUUGUCACUGUAGAUAGGUUUGAAUUUUCUGUAAUUACCUAAAAGUGGAAUCAUACCUAAUGUGUAUACUUUUCUGUCUUCUUUCACUCAUCAUGAUUAUUUGGAGACUCAUCCCUGUGUGUGUCACUCAUUUCUUUUUUAUUGCUGAGGGGUAGACCAUUAUAUGGAUAUACCAUAAUUUGAUAGACAUUUGAGUUUCCAGUUUUUGGCUAUUAGAAAUAAAGCUGCUAAAAACAUUUUGUACAAGUUGUUCGUUUUUCUUUUCUUUUUUUUUUUUUUUAAAGAUUUUAUUUAUUUGAGAGAGAGAAUGAGAGAGAGCACAUGAGAAGGGGGAGGGUCAGAGGGAGAAGCAGACUCCCCGCCCAGCAGGGAGCCCGAUGCGGGACUCGAUCCCGGGACUCCAGGAUCAUGACCUGAGCCGAAGGCAGUCGCUUAACCAACUGAGCCACCCAGGCGCCCCCAAGUUGUUUGUUUUCUUGAGUAGUUAUCUAGGAGUGGAAUGGUGGGGUCCUAUGUGUAUUUCACUGCCAAACUGUUCUCCAAAGUGACUGCCAUUUUACUUCAUCACCAUCAGUCUGUCAGUGUCCCAGGUGCUCCACAUUCUCACCAAUAUUUGGUAUGAUGACUGUUUAAGUUUAGCCAUUUUAAUGUGUGUGUAAGGUUAUUUCAUUGUGGUUUUUUUGCUUUGUAUUUCCCUAAUGACUAAUAAUGCUGAGCAUCUUUUCAUGUGCUUUGCUAUCUGAGUAUCCCUUUUGGUGAAAUGUCUUUUCAUAGCUUUUCCCCAUAUUUUUGUUGGGUGUUUAUCCUCCUAUUGAUUAGUAAGAGUUCUUUCUAUACUCAAGAUAAAAAUCCUCUGUCAGAUAUUAUGUUUUGCAAAUAUAUUCUCCAAGUCUGAGAAAAAAAAAUGUCUUUUCAUUUUUUAAAAAGUAUUGUUUAAAGCAGUUUUUAAUUACCAUGAAGGCCAGUUAAUUGCUUUUUCUUCUUUUAAAAGUUUGUCUUUUUUAUGUUGUGUUUAAGAAAUUGCCAAACCUGAUGUCACUAACUUUAUCCGGUGUUUUCUUUUGGAAGUUUUACAGUUUUAGCUCUUAUAUUGAGGUCUCGGAUCCAUUUUGAAUGGUCAAUUUUCUAUAUAUGGUGUGAGGUAAGAGUCAAGAUGCUUUUUGGGGCACCUGGGUGGCACCAUUGGUUGAGCAUCUGACUCUGGGUUUCGGCUCAGGUCAUGAUUUCAGGGUCCUGGAAUCGAGCCCCGUGUCAGGCUCUGCACUCAGCAUGGAGUCUACUUGAGAUUCUCUCCCUCUGCAACUCCCGCUGGUGCUGUCUCUCUCUCUCUCUCUUUCUAAAAUAAAUAAAUAAAAUCUUAAAAAAAAUGAGUCAAGAUUCUUUUCUUUUUUUUUUUUUAGCCUAAGGUUAUCUGUUUGUUCCAGCACAUUUGUUGAAAAGCUUACCCUAUUCCCAUUGAAUUGCCUUGGCACCUUUAUGAAAAAUGAAGUGGCUGUAUAUAUCUUGAUCUACCUCUGUGUUCUCUUUCAUCACUGUAUUCAUCUGUUUUUACAGAGUAACUUACUGUGUUGAUUAUUGUAGCUUUAUAAUAUUAAAGUCUGGUGGUAUUAGUCCUCCAGCCUUUUUCAAAAUUGUUUUGGUUAUUCUAAGCCCUUUGUAUUUCCACAUAAAUUCCAGAAUCAGGUUGUAAAUUUCUAUAGAAAAAAAGCCUGCUGGGAUCUUGAUUAGGAUUGCAUUGACUCUAUAGAGCAGUUUGGUGGAAAAUUGACAUCUUAAUAUCAAACCUGUGAAUGUGAGAUAUGUCCUCAGUUAUUUAGGCCUUUAAUUUCUCUUAGCAUGUUUGUUUGCUUCUGUAAAGGUAAUACAUAUCUUUUGUCAGAUUUAUCCGUAGAGGCUACAGAUUUUUUUGAUGCUGUAGUAUUGUUUUGUAAACUUUAAUUUCCAAUUUUUCACUGCUAGUAAAAAUAAAAUUUAUUCCUGUA